AUGGAAAGCAAAGCUCCCAAGGUUCCCUAUGCUCAUCUCCCUCCUGAACUCAUCUUUGAUAUCCUCUUACGGCUCCCAAUCAAGUCCCUUUUGAGAUUCAGGUGCGUUUCGAAAUCUUGGAAUUCUUUAAUCUCAAGCCCUGAAUUCAUCAAAACCCAUCUCAAGAAAACAUCUAACGCCCGCAAUACUAAGCUGAUUUUCUCUAGUUUUAAAGGUGUCCCUGACCUUGAUUACCUCACAGAAUGUAAUCUUGACUCUGUGUUAUAUUCGCCCACGAUUGAGGCAAUCAACAUGGUAACACAUAUGGUUGCAUCGUCCAUGACUGAGGCUACGACAAUUCAACCUCCCAAGGAAAAAUCAAUUGAAAUUUUGGGUUCAUGUAACGGGUUGGUUUGCAUUGCAAUGCAAGACAUACGCUUUUGGCCGUUUGAUUCGGAUUCUACCCCUGACCGACGUUUAUUCUUAUGGAACCCAUCGAUCAGGAAAUACUGGAAACUGCCUCAUUUUGGGAAUUCUGGUGUUGCAGCAUAUGGGUUCGGGUAUGAUGAGUUGCAUGAUGAUUACAAAUUGAUGGCAUUUUUCCGUGCCAGCCCGUUUGAGAAUGCUGAGGGUCAAGUUGUUGAAAUUUAUAGUCAAAGGACUAAUUCCUGGAAGAGGAACGAGUAUUCCAUAAACUAUCCCAUUUGGCAACUUAAAGGGGGAUGUUUUGUUGGCGGGAAGCUCCACUGGAACGCAAAUUUUCGUCCCGAGGAGGAAGAUCGCUAUCGUCCACGGAAAGUUGUUGGUAAAAUUGUUAGUUUUGAUUUGGCUCAUGAGACUUGUGGGGUGAUAGAAUUUCCCGAAAAUUAUAAGGGAAAGUCGAGUGGUAAAGGAUGGAGUAUAGGAGUUCUAGGGGGAAGGAUGCCUUGCUUUCCUUUGGAUUCAAAUUCCCCAGGUCUUGAAUGUCGGAUUGGAUUCGACAUUGAUGUCCAACCUGUGUUCUUAACAAAGAGGGGGGAGUUAUUGCUGAAACUUGAGUCCAGUUUGGUACUUUAUAAUCCAGAAGAUGGUACAUACAAGAAUCUCGACAUGAGAUAUAAAUUGCGGUAUCUCCCUGGUUUGCUUAAGGUGGAUAUGUGUGAUGAAAGUUUAGUUUUGCUUGAUGCCCAUGAUGGAUUAAAUAUGCGAUUGUCUUAA